AUGGCAGCUUUCUCGGGUCAGAAUGGGGAAAAGAGAUCAAGAGAUGGUUGGGGACCAUGGACAGACUGGUCAAUAUGUUCUACGUCUUGUGGUCCUGGCCUGGUUUACAGUCAAAGAACUUGUCACAGAUUAGACGGGAGGAAUUCAUGCCCUGGUCACAGUAAAAGAUACAAAACUUGUAAUUUCGGGGAUUGUCCCAAUUUACCUGAAGAUCCUACCAUAGAAGAAUGUAAAAGACAAAAUAGACAGUAUUAUGGUGGAAAACGAUUUUAUUGGGAACCAUAUAUCAAUCCUCGAACACCAUGUGAACUAUCGUGUAAAGCAAAAGGACAUCAUUAUAUUUAUAAUAUUAAAAGAUUAGCUAAAGAUGGUACAGAUUGUAGUGUUAAACAAAAAGGUGUUUGCCUAGCAGGCCGAUGUAUGAAAGUAGGCUGUGAUGGUAUUAUUGGAUCUGGUACCAAGCUAGAUAGAUGUGGUAUAUGUAAUGGUAAUGGUAAUUCCUGCCGUUUGGUAGCAGGUGUAUAUACUAAAUCACCUCGCUCGAAAUUUGGUUACAAUCAUAUAGUGACAAUACCCAAAGAUGCCAGAAGUGUUAAUAUUUCAGAAUUAACUCGUAGUAGAAAUUUCUUAGCUGUAAAAUCUGGAGGGAAAUAUUACAUUAACGGUAAUAGAAGAUUACAUCGUACUGGUAACUAUCAGAUAGCUGGUACAACAUUUAUUUAUAGUCGUAGAGACGGUGUAGGUUGCCCUGGAGAAUGUCUUACAGCUGAUGGUCCUACAAAUCAAACAGUAGAUAUAGAGGUUUUAUAUUAUCACAAGAAUCCUGGUAUAAAAUACCAGUAUUCACUCCGACAUAAAACACUAGCUGAUUAUAGAGGUAUAGACUCAACAGGACCUGGUAUACCUCUAGCUAAACCAGUUCAUGGUGCUUCUCCUGCUAUAAAUAGUAUACCAGAAGAGGGAAUACCGCUCAGUAAACCAUACGUACCACCAGGAGGUGUACCUCUUGCUAAUCCAGUCUAUGACAGUGGACCAUUUAUUAGAAAAAGUUCCGAUAAUAGAUUGAUUAUCAGGAAUCGUGCUGGACACGGUGAAAUUAUUAAAAAUAACUACGGGAAACAAUAUCCGUUUUACAUUCCUAAUAAAGUUCAGAGUUCUUUAAAUAGUGAGUUACACACCAGUGUGAGUGGAGGUUACCCUAACAAACAAGCUGUACGAAGUUCGUAUGGCAGCAAACCUAUCAAUCAAACAGUAACAUCAAACGAUGUAGGUGAAUCUAUUUUGUUCAAUUCUAUCCAAGAGACCAAUAGUAUUUAUAACAAUGUUCAUGAAGAUGGUAGUGUAUAUUCCUGGAGUAUUUCUGGAUUUACAGAGUGUUCACAACCUUGUGGUGGAGGUGUACAGGAAACAAAGAUAAUCUGUUUGAAAGGAAAAUCUAAAGUAGUUGUUACAGAAGACAACUGCUUUGGACAAGUCAAACCUGCUGUCCAGGAAGUUGUGUGUAAUUUAAAACCAUGUUCUGCAGAUUGGUUUACUGGUAACUGGUCAAGCUGUACUACCAGCUGUAAUAAAGGUACCAAGUCUAGAUUAGUUGAAUGUAGAAGAAGAAUAUCGCCAACAUUAAUACCUAGUGUAUCAGCUGAUCUAUGUAUAGAUAAACCUAAACCUCAAAGAAUUAGAUCUUGUCAGCUUACACCUUGUAUUAGAUGGUCUGUUGGUAACUGGACGAAGUGUUCUACAGAAUGUGGUCAUGGACAAAGAUCACGAGAAGUAACUUGUAUUGAUGGAGAAGGUAUAAAGGUAUUGGAUAAUAAUUGUACCGGACCUAAACCAAAAGUAAAAGAAAUAUGUGACAUGGGGUCGUGUGUAAAAGGCUGGUAUCAUUCAAGAUGGAGCGAAGAGUGUUCACGAACUUGUGGCAAAGGUUACAGAACGAGAAACAUUUUCUGUGCUUCUGACGAUGGUCAACAUCUGUCCAAUAAGAAAUGUUCACCUGCGGAAAAACCUUCUACCAGAAAAUCUUGUAAAAAUAAGAAAUCAUGUGGUGGAUUCUGGUUUAUUGGUCCCUGGAGUCAGUGUAAUGCUACAUGUGGUUACUCUGUAAAGACAAGAGGUGUGGUCUGUAUGAGAGAGUUGCGAAUUGGAGUUUACACAACAACCAACCCAGAAAAAUGUUUACAAGAGAAACCACCUACAGAAGAAAUUUGUCCAGACUUACCACAAUGUAAACCAAUAUGGUAUAUGACCAAAUGGAGCAAGUGUAGUAAAAGUUGUGAUACUGGCGUUAAAAAGAGAGAAGUCAAGUGUUUGAAUGCUGAUUUACAACCGGAUAUGACGUGUGAUAAAAGCAGACGACCAUCAAGGAGACACAGUUGUAAUAAAGAGUCUUGUGAAAUAGCAAGUUUUGACCUUCAGCGAGAUGCUAGUGGUACUGUAUGUAAAGAUCUGUAUAACCAAUGGUGUGGUUUUGUUAGACAAGCUAGAAUAUGUAGUUAUAAAUAUUAUAAAGACUUGUGUUGUAAAUCGUGUUCAAUACUCACAUAA